GGUCUCGCCUUUUCGUUUCGUCCCCCUCGUCCUCCUGUUCUUCCGCCUCCCCUAAUCUCCGACAGUUUCCAAUUUCUCAUUUCCCAAACCCAAACCCCAACCCGAGACCGAAAAGAGUCGCACGCGACUUCGCCAGACGGGGAAGCAGCAGACGGAAGCGAGAGACCUCCUCCUUCACCGACCUGCUCCAAACCCUAACCCUUCUCCAGAUCCCCCGCCCGCCCGCCCGCCCCGCCUCGAUGUGACGCGGCCCUAGGGUUUGCGCCGGUGAGGUGUGGUGGUGGGGUCUCAGUCCGCGGGGGAUUUUCGACCCGAGAGGUUUGACCAGCUCGACGCGCGAGCACAUGAAGGACCCGCCGCCCCGCACGAAGGUGGUGCUCCGGCGGCUGCCGCCGGCGAUUGGACAGCAGGCCGUCGUGGACCAGGUCGACGCGCGCUUCGCCGGGAGGUACGACUGGGCAUGCUUCCGCCCCGGUAAUGCCAGCCAAAAGAAUCAUAGAUAUUCUCGUCUCUACCUUAACUUAAAGAGUUCAGAAGAUGUUGUUGAGUUUGCUGAGUUCUUCAAUGGGCAUAUAUUUGUCAACGAAAAGGGUGCUCAAUUUAAAGCUCUUGUCGAAUAUGCACCAUCGCAACAGGUUCCGAAGUCAACUAUCAAGAAAGAUGCUCGUCAAGGGACUAUUACAAAAGAUCUGGAAUACUUGGAGUUCCUUGAGCUUAUUUCAAAACCCACUGAGCAUUUGCCAAGUGCCGAGAUUCAGCUUGAAAGGAAAGAAGCUGAAAGAGCAGCUGCUGGAAAGGAGCCACCUGUUGUGACACCUCUUAUGGCUUAUAUUCGUCAGCAAAGGGCAGCCAAGAAUAUGGCUCAGAGGUCUGCUAACAGUAGACUAGGCAGAAAAGUUGUAGGUGUUGUAACUAGCACUUCUAGUCCUAAAAGAGCUUCCGAGAGACGCAGGGCCUCCACUUCAACGCAGUAUGUUUUGCGAGACGCUAAGGAGAAGCCAACUUACAUCUUAGUGCCAAAAAGAGAGGAUCAUUCACAAAGGGAGAAAAUCAUUGCUGGAACAUCAGAUGCUACAAGUAGCAGACCAUCUGGAUCUGCUCAGGUUGAUAGUAAAAAAGACAAAAUUGUCCUUUUGAAAGGAAGAGCCAGGACUGAUUCCACUGUAUCUGAUAGCUCAACUCAGCACCAGCCUGUGGCCUCUUCCAGAAAUACACUCCCAUCAGGUUCUAGACAAGACCAGCGACUUGAGGCUAGUGGUAGAAUUAUUAAGACUAUACUUUCCAACAAGGAAGGACGCCACGCUGUUGCAUCUCAACAUGAGCAGGAAGGUCACAUAAUUAAUGCUGAGAAGGAUAAGCGACCACCACGGUUUCCAAACUCGCGUUCCAUUGUGAAAGAUCAGACGGUUGAAAAUGCUGAGAAAAGCCAUUAUGAUGACAAGCAUAAUCAUCUGCAUGGUUCUGGACCCAUUAGCGAGAAGAUUGAAAGACAUGCCAGAAAUAGAGAUAGGCCUGACCGUGGUGUAUGGGCCCCUCGUCGUUAUGACAAGUCUGCACCAGGAGGUGGUACACAGGCCUCAUCGUUCGACUUCCCGCUAAUGCAGUCACAUUCAGGGGACAGUUUCUCUCAGCCGCAAGCAGAUGGCCAUGGAGAGAGGAAAAUAGAAACAAGGGGUCCUGGUACUCGCACCGGCCCUAUAGAAAAUGGAAAUAGGCAUGCUAACCGCCGUGGUCCCCCGCGUGGUUCGAAGGAGAUGGAAGUAUCUGCUGUUACAGCUGACGGAAAGCCUUCAAAGAGGGGCUCUGCCAGCUAUGGGGCUCAGGAGAGACAAGUAUGGGUUCAAAAGUCAAGUUCGGGAUCAUAACUUGUCCAUUGAUGGUAACUUAUCAAAACAGAUCAAGUUUUGGAGAAGUUUCUGGAUUUUGCAGCUCAUUCUGAAGUUCGUGAAUGAAACCGUUGAUGAAAUGGUUCCAUGAAGUGCAAUCCCGGAUAUGUCAAUGCAAGUCUUGGCUCUAGCUGAAAAGGGAGCUGCUUGAUUUGCUUCACAGAAUCACAGCAAUAGUGAAGUAACGUAACCCACCAAUAGGUAGCUCUCGAUCACUUUGGGUGAAAUUUGAUUUGGACCCAGGGUUGGUAUUUCUGGAGUGAUGGAUGGACAUUAGGUUGGCAUCAAUACCUCGUGACAGUGGUCAACUAUUUUCCAAGACCCCUGUUGGCUAUAUACACAACUUCAACAAUUCAUCAGUGAUGGAUGUACAUAUGUAUGGAGAAAAAAGAGGUCUGGUUCUGAUCGCUGUUUACAAGUUAGAGGUGCCAUGUAUCUACAAAGAGAUAAGAGUUAGACUACCCAGUUUGCUAAAUAAAGGCGAAUUUUUAGUUAGUUGAUUAUGAGAAACCCCUGUGUCUGGGCGGCCGCUUUCGUGGUCACCACAACAGAAGUUACCGGAGUGCAAAGUGACGUCGCACGUUCUAGUUGCAUGCUCCCGGGUAAAUGGAAUAUGAGAUUAUUUUGACGUGUUGAAGUUGCUGGUCUGUUUUGCUGUUAUGUAUCGCCAGAUGGCUUUUGGGGGGUUAUGUUAAGAAUGAUACGCAUGAUGAUGAUGUACAGCAUCAAAGGUGGAUGCUGUUUUUAAUGAUGAAUUAUGUUGACUUGCAUUGUUGUU